CCGGGAGGUGGCAAACGCAACAUGCUCUCCAGCCUGGGGUGUCUGCUUCUCUGUGGAAGUAUUGCACUAGCCUUGGGAAAUGCACAGAAAUUGCCAAAAGGAAAAAGGCCAAGUCUGAAAGUCCACGUCAAUACCACGAGUGAUUCCAUCUUCUUGAAGUUUUUGCGUCCAAAUCCAAAUGUGAAGCUUGAAGGUUUUCUCUUGGGAUAUGGAAGCAAUGUAUCGCCGAACCAGUACUUCCCUCUCCCAGCAGUCGGGAAACACACGGAGGCUGUAGUUGGCAAAAGGCGCAGUCGCAAACCUCUCCAGUUGGUGAUUGGCACGCUGACGCCAAGUUCAGUCUUUCUGUCCUGGGGCUUCCUCAUCAACCCGCACUAUGACUGGACUCUGCCAAGCCAUUGUCCCGAUGACAGACUUUAUACCAUUCGAUAUAGAGAAAAGGAUAAGGAAAAGAAAUGGGUUUUCCAACUCUGCCCAUCCACGGAAACGAUUGUGGAAAAUCUGAAACCCGACACAGUUUAUGAGUUCGGAGUGAAGGACGAUAGGGAGGGUGGACUUUGGAGUAAGAUCUUCAAUCACAAGACUAUUGUUGGAAGCAAAAAAGUAAAUGGGAAAAUCCAGAGUACCUAUGAGCAAGUCCACCAAGUGCCAUCCUCUGUCCCAAGGAAGCCAAUCCCAAUAACAAUCAUCAAGCAAGUGAUUCAGAAUGUUACUCACAGGGCUUCGAUCAAAUCCCCAGAUAGAACGCCCUUCGGAGGAACAAUAGUAGUCCAUCUUAUUGUUCCAGGUCUUAAUGAGACCUCCAUCAAACUUCCCACAUCCAUAAUGUUUGAGAUCACUGAUGCGAUCAAGACACAACUGACUAAGAAUGAAACCCUGGCAUUACCUGCUGAAUCAAAAACACCAGAAGUAGAAAAAGCUCCAGCACAGCCCAUAACAGUGACUCCUGAACCCGUUCCAAGAGCCACUAAACCCACUAAGCCUGCUUCUAGUGCAUUAGACAUUUCAGGCACAGUACUGGGUGAACUUCUCAGCGAAAGGACCCCAGAAACGUCACAAGCGAUUCUAAAACCUAGGUUUGACCUGCCACCAAGCACUCUAGCUUCAAGCAAAAAGCCGUGGAUUUCUCCUACAACUAAAAUGUCUGAAGAUUCCAAAAUUCUACAGCCUCAAACUGCAACUUAUGGUAUACCGCCUGAUUUUGGAAGCCCUGCAACUUAUGGUAUACCGCCUGUUUUUGGAAGCCCACUGGCAUCAGACGAGCCUGAAAUAGCAGAGCCCAGUGCAGCAACAAGGGAUCCUAUUCUGGAUUCUGUCCCACCUAAAACUUCUAGAACUCAUGAACGGCCAAGGGCAACACUGGCUCCCAGGGAAACAUCAUUUGUUCCUCAGAAACCGGAAAUCCUAACUAUUCCUGAUCUACAACCUACAACACCUGCUCCACAGCCAACUACAUCUAUUCCUUCUACACCUAAAAGACGCUCAAAGUCCAAACCAUCAAGAACCAAAACUGCUCCAAGUAAAACACAAUUUGUUACUUUGAAACCUACAGUCUCGCUCAGCCCAGAAGUGACGCCCACCAAAGCUGCCCCGGAAUCUCAGACUGUGCCACCUUCACCAUCAGCUAGAGUCUCGGGACCUGGAACAGGGGGAAGCGAACCUUCGACAACUACAUUAGCUUCCAAAAGGAGGAAACCAAGUCAUCGUCGCCACCCGAAAACUACACGUAGUCCCAAAGUGCCCAAGACCAGACCUGCUCUGGAACCUGCUACCCUGAGGCCGCAGCUCCUGGUGCCCACAAUCGUUCCCCAAACAACACAAAGAACACAAAAACGUCGCCCACAUCCCAAACAUAAAACCACACCGCGCCCAGUGGCAUCUCCGACCAAACUAGGCUUUGAACCUAUUACUCCUGGGACAUCUUUAGCUCCAACAACAGCAAAAGUGGCCCAUCAUCUACAACCCAAACCUAAACCCACGCCCCAUCCAGCUGUCCCUCAAACCAAACUGGUUCCUGCCACAGUCCUUGAACCAGUUUCUCUUAGAACUGAUGCUCCAGAGGCAACACUAGCUCCCCAAAUGCCUCAACGACCUCGCCAUCCAUCUCGCAAGCGUAAACCCACACCAAGUCCACCACUGCCUCACCCUGCACUCGACCUUGAACCUGUGACGUUUAGAACUGCGACAUCCGGGACGGCAUUAGCUGCUACCACAGCCCAAGGACCCCGCCGAGUUAAAAAACCCAAAUCCACACGGAGGCCAAAGAAACCUAAGAUCAAACCGGUUCCGACUACAGGUCUUAAACCUGUCCCUCUAAAACCUGAUGUUCCAGAAACGACACUAGCUUCCAAAACAUCAGAAUGGACCUAUCAACUCAGACUUAAAAGCACACCAAGUCCUGAAGCCCCUGAGUUAAAAUCAGUUCCUACUGAAGACCUUGAACCUGUUAUGCACAGAACUGAGACUUGGUUGACAACACAAGUUCUCACUACAGUCUUUGAACCUGUCACUCUUAGAACCGAAGCUCCACAAACAACUUUAGCUUCUAAAACAUCAAAACGAACACGUCGCCCGCCUCGCAAAUCUAAAACCACGCCAAGCCCCGAAGCAUCUCAGAGCAGAUCGGGCUUUGAUCCUGGGGUUCAUAGUUCUGAGGCUCCAGGGACAACAUUAGCUCCCACCGAACCGCAAACUCCUCCUUUGAAACCAGUGACAUCCCCACCAAGCCUAGAGAUACCACCCAGUGAACCUGUCUCUGAUGCCCUGGAGUCUACUACAUUUAGCUCGGAGUCAUUAGUGGAGACCAUAGCACCAGCCGACCCUUAUUCUGUACACCCCACUCCCACAGCACCAUUCCAGCCCUGGGAGCCAAAGACUGGAGCUGCUGUGGAGUCUAUUACAGAUGUGUCUGAAGCACCUGAGACCAGCAUAGCUCCCAAGCAGACACCCCGCGCUCCUUCCAAGCCCGAAGCAUCGCCACCCCCAAGAAUCCCACAAGUGCGCCCAGCUCCUAAAGGGUCCCAGCGUGUAAUUGCAAAACCCCAAUCACCACCAAGCCCAGAAGUGUCAUACACUACUCCUGUGCCAGAAGAUACUCUCCUUCCCCAUAAACCAGACCCUGAAGUCUCUCUGAGUGAACCUGUUCUGCAACCCGCUACCUAUAGAAUUGAUCCACCAACGACAACAAUAGCUUCUGGAGAGCCCUGGAGCAUCCCUUUUAGACCGAUGGCUUCACCUAGUCCCAGGCAAGAGGAACCGCAAGCCACGCAGGCAGAAACAGACCACUCUACCCAAGAACACUUCACAACUAAGACUCCACGAACACCUUAUUUGACAAGGACGACGCCGGGGGUCAAGCAGCCCAUCCCUGGUACUGGCAGAAACACGUCAGUAGUCUCAACCCACUCCACCAAAAGACCAGCCAGCAUCCCAGGCACUCGCCGGCCACCCUUGCCACCUAGACCUACACCGGUGCAGAGAAAGCCGUUACCACGAAGCCAUGUCACUGGGAAGCCCGGGGGUGCAGGGGUCAUUUCAUCAGGCCGAGUGACUUCCCCCCCACCGAGGGCAACACUGGGGCCUGCUGGAGUCCCCGGAGAACAACUCACAGAGAAGGAGCAGAAGCAGCCGACGAGUCCUGCCUCCGGAGAAGAGCUAGGUAAUAUAACUGACUUCAGCACAAGCCCAACAAGAGAAACGGACCGUCUUGGGAAGCCCAGAUUCACAGCGUCUCAUGUGCGAUACAUCCCAAAGCCUGACGAUCAACCGUGCUCCAUCACCGACUCCGUCAGGUUGUUCCCCCAAGAAGAGGUUACGCAGCUGAAUGCCAGCAGCCCGCCGCAGAACCCACCCACCAACCUCACUGUGGUCACCGUGGAAGGGUGCCCCUCCUUCGUCAUCUUAGACUGGGAGAAGCCAAAAAAUGACACGGUCACUGAAUAUGAAGUUAUAUCCAGAGAAAAUGGGACAUUCAGCGGGAAGAACAAAUCCAUUCAAGUUACCAAUCAAACCUUUUCUACCGUGGAAAAUCUGAAACCGAACACAAGCUAUCAAUUUGAAGUGAAACCCAAAAACCUGCUUGGUGAAGGCCCACCCAGCAAGACUGUGACCUUCAGCACAGAAUCAGCGGACCCUCUAGUGAGUGAGCCGGUUUCUGCAGGAAGAGAUGCCAUCUGGACGGAGAGACCCUUUAGUUCAGACUCGUACUCAGAGUGUAAAGGCAAGCAGUAUGUCAAAAGGACAUGGUAUAAGAAGUUCGUUGGGGUGCAGCUGUGCAACUCUCUCAGGUACAAGAUUUACCUGAGCGACUCCCUCUCAGGAAAAUUUUAUAACAUAGGUGACCUGAGGGGUCACGGUGAAGAUCACUGUCAGUUCGUAGAUUCGUUCUUAGACGGACGCACAGGACAGCAACUCACCUCUGAUCAGUUACCCACCAAAGAAGGCUAUUUCAGAGCAGUUCGCCAGGAACCGGUCCAGUUUGGAGAAAUAGGUGGCCACACCCACAUCAAUUAUGUCCAGUGGUAUGAGUGCGGGACAACAAUACCAGGGAAAUGGUAAAUGCUGUCACCAUGCUGAAAAGGACCUUUUACUUCUUGGUAAAAUGAGAGACUACAGGAUUUGUCACAUCAUUUAAGCUGUUCUGUUUACUAUGUGUAAAAGUUUAAAAUUUAAUAGCAAUAGUAGAUGUUUAUUAUUAGAAAAGACUGAGAAUAUUUAUCAGGUUUUACAAAGUCAUUUUAAGAAAGCUAACUAUUAACAGAAUAACACUUUUAGGGAAGCUGGCUCCCUAGUCAUGGUAUUUUAAGAGAUCAUUUGUAUAUUUAUCACAGUGUUGUUAAUUUUGCCGUAGAACUGUCUCAAAAAACAUUAUAUCAAAAAACAAUAUUCUUUUGGGAAGAUACUUACUUUCUAAGCAUAUACUUUUUCAACUGGUCAGUCACUUCCAUAAAUCUUAGUUUAACUUAUUGGAUCAAAUUAUCUUCAGCAUAUCUAGGAAAGAAAAGUCCCUAAUAGUCAUGUUUAUUUAAACUUCCACUUGUUAGCAACAGUUGAAUAGCUUUUCUGAAGAGAUUAACUAAACACACAGUAAUAAACGUGUCUUGAAAUGCCUGCCAAUGCCUGAAUUGUCGAAUCCGUAAGCUUUCACUUCAGCUGAUAACACAAGGAGGAGCUAAUGGAUUGUUCUUUCCCUGUGCAGACACAUGUUGUAGUCUGUACUUGUUUGUCAAACUAGCUUUAUGCUGUUGUCUUCAUGAUUUGAUCUAAGUUGUUCGCAGAGACUGGGCGUGAAGUCUGAGCACAAAGAGAAUGCAAUAUGAGCUCCCCAUCAUUUUAUAAUUUAGUCUGUAUAUGUAAGAUCGCUAAGAAUGAAUGCAUAAAAUGUCUUCAUAAUUGUUUAACAAAAAAUCUAACUCAUUUUUUAUGAAAAA